GGAUGCUCGCCGCCCGAGGCUGCCGGGAUGUCCCCGUGCGUGCGUCCGUCUGGCGCGGUCGGCCACUGCGUCUGUCUGGGGCCGUCGCCCCAGGACGCCCUCCAGCGGCCCGCGUCCGUCUCGCUCGCCUCGGUCCGUCCGUCUGGCCCUGCGGGUGUCUGCGCCGGUCGCGUCUGUCCGUCAGUCGGCGCCACGCCGGGGUCUCUCGGGGCCGGGGCCGGGGAGGGACCGGGGAGGCAGCGGCGGCGGGGAGGGCCGGGGGCGGAGCAGGGGCGGGCGCGGGGCGGGCGGGGGCGCCGUGCGGCCCGCAGGGGGUGUGUGCGGGGGGCCGAGGCGGCGGCUGUCAGAGUCGGCUCAGCCUGCGCCCGGGAACAUCGGCCGCGUCCAGCUCCCGGCGCGGCCCGGCCUCAGACACCCUCCUGCCCCCCAGAAGCCAUGAGGCCCGCAUCCCUUCAGGCCUCUCCGUUCCUCCUCCUCCUCCUCUUCCUCCUGGAAGGAGGGGUGGAGGGCCUGGAGGAUCCCGAGCUGCUGGUGACCGUUGGCGGGGGGCGACUGAGAGGCAUCCGCCUGAUGGCCCCCGGAGGCCCCGUCUCCGCCUUCCUGGGCAUCCCCUUUGCUGAGCCACCCGUGGGGCCUCGCCGCUUCCUGCCGCCUGAGCCCAAGCGGCCCUGGUCAGGGGUGCUGAACGCCACAGCCUUCCAAAAUGUCUGCUACCAAUUCGUGGACAACCAGUACCCUGGCUUCGAGGGCAGCGAGAUGUGGAACCCCAACCGGGCAUUGAGCGAAGACUGCCUGUACCUCAACGUGUGGACCCCGUCGCCCCGGCCCACGAGCCCAGCUCCCGUCCUCGUCUGGAUCUAUGGUGGCGGCUUCUACAGCGGCGCCUCCUCACUGGACGUGUAUGAGGGCCGCUUCCUAGUCCAGGCUGAGGGCGCCGUGCUGGUGUCCAUGAACUACCGGGUGGGCGCCUUCGGCUUCUUGGCCCUGACGGGCAGCCGGGAGGCGCCAGGCAACGUGGGGCUGUUGGAUCAGCGGCUGGCACUGCAGUGGAUACAGGAGAAUGUGGCCGCCUUCGGGGGGGACCCCACAUGCGUGACACUGUUUGGGGAGAGCGCGGGCGGCGCCUCGGUGGGUAUGCACCUGCUGUCGCCCCCCAGCCGGGGCCUGUUCCACCGGGUGGUGAUGCAGAGUGGCACCCCCAAUGCGCCCUGGGCCUCAGUGACCCCAGGGGAGGCCCGGCUCAGGGCCACGAAGCUGGCCCGCCUGCUGGGAUGUCCCCUCACCGGCACAGGUAGCAACGACACUGAGCUGGUGGCCUGCCUGCGUGCCCAGCCGCCGAAGAAGCUGGUGGACUACGAGUGGCACCUGUUGCCACAGGACAGUGUCUUCCGCUUCUCCUUCGUGCCGGUGUUGGAUGGAGACUUCCUCAGUGACACGCCUGAGGCCCUCCUGGAGGCCGGGGACUUCAGUGGCCUGCAGGUGCUGGUGGGUGUGGUGAAGGAUGAGGGGUCCUAUUUUCUGGUUUACGGGGCCCCCGGCUUCAGCAAAGACAACGAGUCGCUCAUCAGCCGGGCCCAGUUCCUGUCCGGGGUGCGGGUCGGGGUCCCCCAGGCAAGUGACCUGGCCGCCGAGGCUGUGGUCCUGCAGUACACAGACUGGCUGCACCCCGAAGAGCCCGAGCUCCUGAGGGAUGCCCUGAGCGAGGUGGUGGGCGACCACAACGUCGUGUGCCCCCUGGCCCAGGUGGCUGGGCGGCUGGCCGCCCGGGGCGCACGGGUCUAUGCCUACCUGUUUGAGCACCGCUCCUCCACGCUCUCCUGGCCCCAGUGGAUGGGGGUGCCCCACGGCUACGAGAUCGAGUUCGUCUUUGGGCUCCCCCUGAAACCAGGGCUGAACUACACCGCGGAGGAGAAAGACUUGGCCCGGCGGAUGAUGAGAUACUGGGCCAACUUCGCACGCACAGGGAACCCCAAUAGUCCUCCGGACCCUAAAGGCUCACAGUGGCCCCGGUACUCGGGGGACACGCAGCAGUACGUGAGCCUGAACCUGCGGCCGCUGGAGCUGCGCCAGGGGCUGCACGCGCAGGCCUGCGCCUUCUGGAACCGCUUCCUCCCCAAGUUACUCAGCGCCACGGACACGCUGGACGAGGCGGAGCGCCAGUGGAAGGCCGAGUUCCACCGCUGGAGCUCCUACAUGGUGCACUGGAAGAACCAGUUCGACCACUACAGCAAGCAGGACCGCUGCUCAGACCUGUGACCCGGCGGCCGCCUACCCCGGCCCGCCCCCCGCGCUGUACAUACUAUUUAUUAUGGGCUGGGAUAUAAUACGAGCCCUCCCCCGCCUCUGCCCGGCCCUCCCCGGGUCGCCCCGUCCUCUGCAUGUCUCGGGCCGAGCCCCUCCCCCGCGGUGCCUUCGCCCCUCGGGGCUGCCAAUAAACUGUUACACCAC